AUGACUUUCCGAGGGAGGAUAAAAUGCCAGUUCAGUCGAGUUUCUCAGGCCGCAGCAGACUUGAAGCAGUUCUGCCUGCAGAAUGCACAACAUGAUCCCCUACUGACAGGAGUAUCAUCAAGUACAAAUCCAUUCAGACCCCAGAAAGUUUGUUCAUUUUUGUAA